AUGAGUCACCUACCUAGAUUCUGGAACCUGGGAUGGUCUUCCUUUCUUGACUGGUGGAGUAAUCGGAGUAUUGUUUCAGAGCAAGGUGAUUUGGAAUGUUUGUGUGUUAUCUGAUGGGAGGAGGGAGCACUUUCCAGGUUUCUCAACCUGAGACUAGAUAUCUACAAUACCAUGAAUUGGUAUUGUAUAAAGAUCUCAACCAUGCAAAUAACUUUGUUGGUAAUUCUAAUUAUUGACUUAAACUACUGACUCAACAAUGCAGUAUCAUCAAACACUAUUCAACCCACUCUCCUUUUUCCUCAUUGGACUACAGGACCUUCUCCCCCCUAUGGUCAGCAGAACAUGAAUGAACCUCUUCUGGACCACAGAGAGGGCCAGCUCUUCCUGACCGAGGCUUUUAAAGUCAUCCUUGAGGAGGUGCUAUGUAAGGGCACAGACGUCAAAGAGAAGGUCUCACAUUCCUACAUCAAACUGUUGACUGUCUAAUCUCUAGCCUAACAUGCCUGUUCUCUGCAUUUUGCCAUAUAGAGUGCCUUCAGAAAGUAUUCAUACCCUUUGACUUAUUCCACAUUUUGUUGUUACAGCCUGAAUUCAUAAUGGAUUCAAUAUUUUAUUUAUCACCCAUCUACCCACAAUACCCCAUAAUGACAGUGAAAACUAGUUUUUAGAAAUUGUUGCAAAUUAAUUGAAAAGGAAAUACAGAAAUAUUUAAUUUGUAUAAGUGUUCACACCCCUAAGUCAAUACUUUGUAGAAGCACCUACAGCUGUGAGUCUUUUUGGGUAAGUCUCUAAGAGCUUUGCACACCUGGAUUGUACAAUAUUUGCACUUUAUUCUUAAAAUAAUUCUUCAAGCUCUGUCAAGUUGAUUGUUGAUAAUUGCCAAAACUGUAACUAGGCCACUCAGGAACAUUCCAUGUCUCGGUAAGCAACUCCAGUGUAGAGUUGGCCUUGUGUUUUAAGGUUAUUGUCCUGCUCAACGGCGAAUUAGUCUUCCAGUGUGUGUUGGAAAGCAGACUGAACCAGGGUUUUCACUAGGAUUUUGCCAGUGCUUAUAGCUUUGUUCCGUUUCUUUUUAUCCUGAACUCCUUAGUCCUUGCCGAUGACAAGCAUACCUAUAACAUGAUGCAGCCAUUUUCAUGCUUGAAAAUAUGAAUAGUGGUACUCAGUGAUGUGUUGUGUUGGAUUUGCCCCAAACACAAUGCUUUGUAUUCAGGACAAAAAGUUCAUUUCUUUGCCAUUUUUUUAUAGUGUUACUUAAGUGCCUUAAGGGUGCAUGUUUUGGAAUAGUUUUUAUUCUGUACAGGCUUCCUUCUUUUCACUCUGUCAUUUACAGUGCCUUGCAAAAGUAUUCAUCCCCCUUGGCGUUUUUUCCUAUUUUGUUGCAUUACAACCUGUAACUUAAAUGGAUUUUUAUUUGGAUUUCAUGUAAUAGACAUACACAAAAUAGUUGAAUUUGAUGAAGUGAAAUGAAAAAAAAUUACUUGUUUCAAAAAAUAAAUAACGGAAAGGUGGUGUGUGCAUAUGUAUUCACCCCCUUUGCUAUGAAGCCCCUAAAUAAGAUCUGGUGCAACCAAUUACCUUCAGAAGUCAUAUAAUUAGUUAGAUUGCACACAGGUGAACUUUAUUUAAGUGUCACAUGAUCUCAGUGUGUAUAUAUACACCUGUUCUGAAAGGCCGCAGAGUCUGCAACACCACUAAGCAAGGGGCACCACCAAGCAAGCGGCACCAUGAAGACCAAGGAGCUCUCCAAACAGGUCAGGGACAAAGUUGUGUAGAAGUACAAAUCAGGGUUGGGUUAUAAAAAAAUAUCCCAAACUUUGAACAUCCCACGGAGCACCAUUUUUAAUCCAUUAUAAAAAAAAUUAAAGAAUAUGGCACCACAACAAACCUGCCAAGAGAGGGCCGCCCACCAAAACUCACGGACCAGGCAAGGAGGGCAUUAAUCAGAGAAGCAACAAAGAGACCAAAGAUAACCCUGAAGGAGCUGAAAAUCUCCACAGCGGAAAUUGGAGUAUCUGUCCAUAGGACCACUUUAAGCCGUACACUCCACAAAGCUGGGCUUUAUGGAAGAGUGGCCAGAAAAAAGCCAUUGCUUAAAGAAAAAAAUAAGCAAACCCGUUUGGUGUUCGCCAAAAGGCAUGUGGGAGACUCCCCAAACAUAUGGAAGAAGGUACUCUGGUCAGAUGAGACUAAAAUUUAGCUUUUUGGCCAUUAAGGAAAAUGCUAUGUCUAGCACAAACCCAACUCCUCUCAUCACCCCGAGAACACCAUCCCCACAGUGAAGCAUGGCAGCAUCAUGCUGUGGGGAUGUUUUUCAUCGGCAGGGACUGGGAAACUGGUCAGAAUUGAAGGAAUGAUGGAUGGCGCUAAAUACAGGGAAAUUCUUGAGGGAAACCUGUUUCAGUCUUCCAGAGAUUUGAGACUGGGACGGAGGUUCACCUUCCAGCAGGACAAUGACCCUAAGCAUAUUGCUAAAGCAACACUCGAGUGGUUUAAGGGGAAUCAUUUAAAUGUCUUGGAAUGGCCUAGUCAAAGCCCAGACCUCAAUCCAAUUGAGAAUCUGUGGUAUGACUUAAAGAUUGCUGUACACCAGCGGAACCCAUCCAACUUGAAGGAGCUGGAGCAGUUUUGCCUUGAAGAAUGGGCAGAAAUCUCAGUGGCUAGAUGUGCCAAGCUUAUAGAGACAUACCCCAAGAGACUUGCAGCUGUAAUUGCUGCAAAAGGUGGCUCUACAACGUAUUGACUUUGGGGGGUGAAUAGUUAUGCACGCUCAAGUUUUCUGUUUUUUUGUCUUAUUUCUUGUUUGUUUCACAAUAAAAAUGUUGUAUAAAUCGAAUGAUACAAACCCCCCAAAAAAUCAAUUUUAAUUCCAGGUUGUAAGGCAACAAAAUAGGAAAAAUGCCAAGGGGGGUGAACAUUUUCGCAAGUAUUGUGGAGAAACUACAAUGUUAUUGAUCCAUCCUCAGGUUUCUCAUAUCACAACCAUUAAACUCUGUAACUGUUUUAACAUCACCAUUGGCCUCAUGGUGAAAUCCCUGAGCAGUUUCCUUCCUCUCCGGCAACUGAGUUAGGAAGGACGCCUGUGUCUUUGUAGUGACUGGGUGUAUUGAUAAACCAUCCAAAGUGUAAUUAAUUACUUCACCAUGCUCAAAGGGAUAUUCAGCGUCUCUAUUUAUUUUUACACCGCUACCAAUCGGUGCCCUUUGUGAGGCAUUGAAAAACCUCCCUGGUCUGUUGUUGAAUCUGUGCUUGAAAUCCACUACUCAAUUGAGGGACCUUACAAUUAUCUAUAUGUGUGGGCUACAGCGACGGGGUAGUCAUUCAAAAAUCAUCAUGUUAACCAUUAUUAUUGAACACUGAAUGAGUCCAUGCAACUUAUUAUGCGAUUUGUUAUGCACAUUUCUACUCCUGAACUUAUUUAGGCUUGCCAGAACAAAGGGGUUGAAUACUUAUUUACUCAAGACUUUUCAGCUUACACAACAAAAUGUGGAAAAAGUUGAGGGUGUAAAUACUUUCUGAAGGCACUGUAUUGUGAUGUUUUUUGCUGCACAAGCCUUUUGGUAAGUCCUGAGUGACAUACCUGUCCGGUGGGUCAUAUAGCUAAAAUGUUUAGGAACCACUGGGCUAGUACCGUUAUGGGCAAUUCCACGAUAAGUGACACUAAGACUCAGAGUUUUCACAUUUUUAAAUGUAUGGCAAACAAAAACCAAUGAUUGCAAAGUUAACCAAACCAUACAACUCUAUGCACAAUGACUACUUUUAACAAUUUCCACAGAAUUGUACAAAAACACAUUUACUUGAAGAAUGCAGAUGCAAAGUUUGGUAAAGAAAGACGUUUUGUGCCAUCUUUGCAAUCAAUGUUAAUUUUUUGACAUUCUUUUAUUUUUUUUUGUCAGUUAGUGAGUGCAUACAUUUUUUAAAGUAAAAAAUCAGAAUCUGUGUCACUCUUACCGUGGAAUUGCCUGUAUGUUAACUGAAAUCUUCUUCACACCUGACUGUGUGCAUCAAACACAAUCAAACCAUGGAGGUACACACUACUCAGUGCUGUAUUUUCAGGGGUUUCUUGUGCUUGUUAUACCCUUGGUUACAGGUGUGUGAGUGGCGCGAGCCAGAGGAGUUAGCUGCUCUGCUAGAUCUGGAGCUGCGAGAGAAUGGGGAGCCGCAACACCAGCUCCUGCAGAGAGUACGCGAUGUGGCCAAGUACAGUGUCAAGACCAGUAAGUCCCCAUCCCUAGCUCUGUCCAGGUUGUUAGGCGGUUUGCUGCUAGCCGCACUAAAGCCCUGGACCAGAGCUACCCCGACCCCACAGGGAAACAUUAGACUGAGCGAGAUGAGUGUGGUUCUGGUUACAUUAGAUUCUUGGUAAAUGCUAUCGCUUGGGACUGUCCUGAAUGCAUGCACUACAGUAAAGAGCAUAUAUUUUCAGAUCAUCCGCGGUUCUUCAAUCAGCUCUUUGCAGGGGUGGACUACCAUGCCUUGACAGGACGAUUCCUUACGGAGGCUCUUAACACUAGCCAGUAGGAGAAAGCAAUAUCUAUUUAUAUGCACAUAUUCAUACCAUAAAGUAUGUUUUGGUAUGAAGAGGCUUGUGAUGGACUGUUCUUUUACAGGUAUACCUAUGAGGUAGCUCCAGUGUUUGUCCUGAUGGAAGACGAGGUACUCUCCAAACUACGUUCUCUAGUUGGGUGGGCAGAGGGAGAUGGCAUCUUCUGCCCAGGCGGUACUAUGUCCAACAUGUAUGCCAUGAACCUAGCACGCUACCGGGCCUUCCCAGAAGUAAAACUAAAGGGACUGUGGGCCCUCCCUCGACUGGCUGUCUUUACAUCUCAACAGGUGGGGAAAACUGACAGUAUGGUAGAAGUAAUACACUAUUCAAUUUCCCAUUCAUUCAUUAUACCCAAACUUUCCUCCAGAGCCACUACUCUGUGAUGAAAGCAGCUGCAUUUCAGGGUAUUGGGACAGAGAACGUGUUUAAGGUCAAAGUUGAUGAUAGGUAAAGUGAUCAGAACCUUUCUUUGUGAAUCUUGUCCAGUCAUCUCAUUAUCAUUCUUAGGCAUACAUGAUUUACAGAUUUUAACACGUGCUCUCUGUUGUCCUACAGGGGUUGCAUGAUUCCAGAAGACCUUGGUGAGAAAAUUGAGCUGGCGAAAUCUCAAGCAAGUUUACUGUGUUUACCUUUUAAUUUACUGUGUAAAUUCUAUUUUAUGUGCUGUGAUAUACAGUAUUUAUACCGAUAACAGUAGGAAUAAUAGCCAAUAGACUAUUGGAAUUGCUGAUAGACAAUCAGUGAUAUCUUGCACAAGAAUCUGAUGAAUUCCUAAUACUCUAUUAGCAUUCCAAAUAUUGUAUAUGCAAUUCCUAGUAGUCUAUCGGCAAAGCACAUACAGUGAGGGAAAAAAGUAUUUGAUCCCCUGCUGAUUUUGUACGUUUGCCCACUGACAAAGACAUGAUCAGUCUAUAAUUUUAAUGGUAGGUUUAUUUGAACAGUGAGAGACAGAAUAACUAAAACAAAAUCCAGAAAAACGCAUGUCAAAAAUGUUAUGAAUUGAUUUGCAUUUUAAUGAGGGAAAUAAAUAUUUGACCCCCUCUCAAUCAGAAAGAUUUCUGGCUCCCAGGUGUCUUUUAUACAGGUAACGAGCUGAAAUUAGGAGCACACUCUUAAAGGGAGUGCUCCUAAUCUCAGUUUGUUACCUGUAUAAAAGACACCUGUCCACAGAAGCAAUCAAUCAGAUUCCAAACUCUCCACCAUGGCCAAGACCAAAGAGCUCUCCAAGGAUGUCAGGGACAAGAUUGUAGACCUACACAAGGCUGGAAUGGGCUACAAGACCAUCGCCAAGCAGCUUGGUGAGAAGGUGACAACAGUUGGUGCGAUUAUUCGCAAAUGGAAGAAACACAAAAGACCUGUCGAUCUCCCUCGGCCUGGGGCUCCAUGCAAGAUCUCACCUCGUGGAGUUGCAAUGAUCAUGAGAACGGUGAGGAAUCAACCCAGAACUACACGGGAGGAUCUUGUGAAUGAUCUCAAGGCAGCUGGGACCAUAGUCACCAAGAAAACAAUUGGUAACACACUACGCCGUGAAGGACUGAAAUCCUGCAGCGCCCGCAAGGUCCCCCUGUUCAAGAAAGCACAUAUACAGGGCCGUCUGAAGUUUGCCAAUGAGCAUCUGAAUGAUUCAGAGGAGAACUGGGUGAAAGUGGUGGUCAGAUGAGACCAAAAUCGAGCUCUUUGACAUCAACUCGCCGAGUUUGGAGGAGGAGGAAUGCUGCCUAUGACCCCAAGAACACCAUCCCCCACCGUCAAACAUGGAGGUGGAAACAUUAUGCUUUGGGGGUGUUUUACUGCUAAGGGGACAGGACAACUUCACCGCAUCAAAGGGACGAUGGAUGGGGCAAAGUACCGUCAAAUCUUGGGUGAGAACCUCCUUCCCUCAGCCAGGGCAGUGAACAUGGGUCGUGGAUGGGUAUUCCAGCAUGACAAUGACCCAAAACACACGGCCAAGGCAACAAAGGAGUGGCUCAAGAAGAAGCACAUUAAGGUCCUGGAGUGGCCUAGCCAGUCUCCAGACCUUAAUCCCAUAGAAAAUCUGUGGAGGGAGCUGAAGGUUCGAGUUGCCAAACGUCAGCCUAGAAACCUUAAUGACUUGGAGAAGAUCUGCAAAGAGGAGUGGAACAAAAUCCCUCCUGAGAUUUGUGCAAACCUGGUGGCCAACUACAAGAAACGUCUGACCUCGGUGGCAAAACCCUUGUCAUGUUUUGCAGAGGGGUCAAAUACUUAUUUCACUCAUUAAAAUGCAAAUAAAUUUAUAACAUUUUUGACAUGCGUUUUUCUGAAUUGUUUUGUUGUUCUGUCUCUCACUGUUCAAAUAAACCUACCAUUAAAAUGAUAGACUGAUCAUGUCUUUGUCAGUGGGAAAACAUACAAAAUCAGCAGGGGAUCAAAUACUUUUUUCCCUCACUGUAUCAUACUAUGAGGCACCAAGUAGAGAUGCAAGGGCAUCUUUCAUUACCCCUCUUCACCUACCAGGGGGCAGUGCCAUUCUUUGUCCAUGCCACAUCAGGAACGACUGUACAGGGCGCCUUUGACCCACUGGAGCCCAUCGCUGACAUCUGUGACAGACAGGGGUUGUGGAUGCAUGUUGAUGUGAGUUCUUUUUUAAAGUGAUCUUUCACUCCAGAAUCAAACUUUGUCCAAUGUUUUCAGACCACAAAAGUAGUCUUCUGUCAAGAUGAUGCCCAACAACAUCUAACAUGUUGAUCAAAACUUCAUACACCAUUCCCAAAAUAAUGUAAAAGAUAGCCACUGUCUAAUUUAAAUCCUUUUCAACAGUGGCAAUCUUUCCCAUUUAUUUUGAGCUGAAGAAUACAGAUGUAGGAUCUUAAUUUGAGCCAGUUUGCUAUAGCAGGAAAAAAAAUCCUGCAGGAACAAGAAAUGUGAAUGAUUUUGAUUAAAAUUAAUGGACAUUUUUGAAGGGGUUGAUGCAUUUUUCAUAAGGGCAAAUCAAGUCUGAAAUUUCAAAGUUGAAAUUAUGAAUUUCAGAAGCCUUUUCAACCUCAAAUACACUAUGUAAGAUUCCUGCAUUGCACGAAAGUUCUUCUGCAACAGGGUAAUCAAAUUAAGAUCCUACAUCUGUACUGACUGGUGUUCUCUUGUGGUUUGGCACAGGCAGCCUGGGGAGGGAGUGUUCUCUUCUCAAAGGAACACAAACAUCUCAUGAGAGGAGUUGAGAGGUAGGAGUGCAUGCUCAGAAUACAGUUGCUGGAAUUCAAUUGUACACAAAACAUCUAAAUGUGCUGCAAAGAACAAAGCUUUGAAAUUGAAUUCAGCCUGUGUGCUAGUGUACCAAAGUAUAGAUUAGGUGUCUUGAUGUCUCGCAUGACUGGGUUAGCCUUCUGAAUGGCUCAACAUAUGACUGACUCAAGUGUAAUGAUAUGUUUGUGAACAGAGCCGAUUCAGUGACUUGGAAUCCACACAAGAUGAUGCUGACGGGCUUGCAGUGUUCAGCCAUUCUGCUCAAGGACACCACGGUAAGACACCCCUUCACCAGAUUCCAGACCAAAGGGUUGUUCUUGAGUUGCGGUGGCAUUUGCGUCCCUUGCCUUUGCAGCCAUAAAAAUCACUUUAAAAUGACAAAUAGUUACACAUCAUACGUGUUUUUGUUUAUAUUGAACUGUUUGUCAAUGAUAAAAUGUAAUUCAAGUCCUUAAUACUUCAAAAUGUUAUGUUUAUGCAUUGUUUAAAGGGAUAUUUGGGCAAUUAAGCCGUUUUGUUCUACUUACCCAUAGUCAGAUUAACUCCUGGAUACAAUUUUUAUGUCGCCGUGCAGUUUGGAGUAAAACGUAUUGGCUGCGCAUCAGACUUUUCUUGACCCAUAUUCCCAGGGGCUAAUGGUCUCGACACGUCUGCACAUGUGCGGGAUUCUCUACUUGCGCACAGUCUCUGCUCUACUUGUACGGAACAGGCUACUCUGAAUGGUGCUUGUUUUAAUAAAGUUAGAGCAAAGCUGAAUCAAUGUCUGCAAGACCACAUAACAGAACCAAAUAUAAAAGCAUAGUAUAAUGUUACUGUAAAAAAGAAAUUGUUUAAAUGGUAUGAGAUUUUAGGAUGAUCGAAUGGUGGCAUUUUUCUCUGACGUGUGCGCCACUAGGCAAAAUGUAAUUUUGAUUGAAACAAAACACAGGUAUGCUACAGUUUAAUAAUGCCAUCAACUCUGAAAUCAGCUCAAUGUACAUAAUCGAAAAACUACAUAACUAACAUCAAAUGCAUAUUCCCAAAAAACUGAUUGAGAUCAAAUGGUUGGCAGGCAGAUGCUGGUUGUUUCACCGGUAAAACUUGAAGAAUUAUCAUUCACGAUUGACAGUGAGAAAUGUGAACAUAGGGUGACUACAACAAUUUGUGUGUAAAGUAGAUGUAAAGAAACUAAUGCGCAGAACAUGAUAUGGUUCUUUCCAGGGUAUCCAGGGGGCGGAACGGGGCGGUUACCUUUGGAUCCGCAGCCUUUGCCAUUGUUUGAUAGUUAGACGUUUUGGCAACUAAGCCUUUUUUUCUAUUUACCCAGGAGCGGCUGCUCUUGUAGACUUCCAGUCAUUGCGCAAUGGAAAUUCAGAUAUGACGUCAUUGUUUUAGCACUAUCUACAGAGUUUUUAAACUACGGCGUGCGACAUGGUUCAAUGCACCAAUAAAUCAGCACAAUAUACUUUAGUUUUUUCUAAUUGGCAGCGUCUUGGAGCUAAAAUUGGGAUCAUGUAUACUGUGCUACUGACGUUACAUAAAAAGAGUAACAGAGAGCAAUGUACAAUACGGCAAACUUAGCUGACAAGGGAUUUGUGGUAAGUGCAUGGGGGCUGCCAUUUUUAUGCAUCCCCUUUGCAUAGAGUUGAUCAGGCUGUUGAUUUGUGGUCUGUGGAAUGUGUCCCACUCUUCAAUGGCUGUGCGAAGAUGUUGGAUAUUGGCGGGAACUGGAACACGCGGUUGUACACGUCGAUCCAGAGCAUUCCAAACAUGCUCAAUGGGUACCAUGUCUGGUGAGUAUGCAGGCCAUGGAAGAACUGGGACAUUUUCAGCUUCCAGGAAUUGUGUACAGAUCCUUGCGACAUGGGGCCGUGCAUUAUCAUGCUGAAACGUGAGGUGAUGGCGGCGGAUGAAAGGCACGACAAUGGGCCUCAGGAUGUCUUCACGGUAUCGCUGUGCGUUCAAAUUGCCAGCGAUUUAAAAUGCAAUUGUGUUCGUUGUCCAUAACUUAUGACUGCCCAUACCAUAACCCCACCGCCACCAUGGGACACUCUGUUCACAACGUUGACAUCAGCAAACCGCUCGCCCACACCACUCCAUACAUGUGGUCUGCAGUUGUGAGGCCGAUUGGAUGUACUGCCAAAUUUUCUCAAAUUACGUUGGAGGAGGCUUAUGGUAGAGAAAUUAACAUUCUAUUGUCUGGCAACAGCUCUAGUGGACAUUCCUGCAGUCAGCAUGCCAAUUUUACGCUCCCUCCAAACUUGAGACAUCUGUGGCAUUGUGUUGUGUGACACAACUGCACAUUUUAGUGGCCUUUUAUUGUCCCCAGCACAAGGUGCACCUGUGUAAUGAUCAUGCUGUUUAAUCAGAUUCUUGAUAUGCCACACUUGUCUGGUGGAUGGAUUAUCUUGGCAAUGGAGAAAUGCUCACUAACAGGGAUGGAACAUUUCUGAGAUCUUUUAUUUCAGCUUAUGGAACAUGGGACUAACACUUUACAUGUUGCGUUUAUAUUUUUGUUCAGUGUAGUUAGCAAUGGCUCCAGAAACUACUUAUUUUGUUUUUAUUUACAUACAUACACUACCGGUCAAAACUUUUAGAACACCUACUCAUUCAAGGGUUUUUCUUUAUUUUUACUAUUGUCUACAUUGUAGAAUAAUAGUGAAGACAUCAAAACUAUGAAAUAACACACAUGGAAUCAUGUAGUAACCAAAAAGUGUUAAAUAAAUCCAAAUAUUUUAUAUUUGAGGUUCUUCAAAUAGCCACCCUUUGCCUUGAUGACAGCUUUGCACACUCUUGGCAUUCUCUCAACCAGCUUCACCUGGAAUGCUUUUCCAACAGUCUUGAAGGAGUUCCCACAUAUGCUGAGCACUUGUUGGCUGCUUUUCCUUCACUCUUCGGUCCGACUCAUCCCAAACCAUCUCAAUUUGGUUGAGGUCGGGGGAUUGUGGAGGCCAGGUCAUCUGACGCAGCACUCAUCACUCUCCUUCUUGGUAAAAUAGCCCUUACACAGCCUGGAGGUGUGUUUGGUCAUUGUCCUGUUGAAAAACAAAUGAUAGUCCCACUAAGCCCAAACCAGAUGGGAUGGCGUAUCGCUGCAGAAUGCUGUGGUAGCCGUGCUGAUUAAGUGUGCCUUGAAUUCUAAAUAAAUCACAGACAGUGUCACCAGCAAAGCACCAUAACAUCUCCUCGUCCAUACUUUAUGGUGGGAAAUACACAUGUGGAAAUCAUCCGUUCACCCACACCGCGUCUCACAAAGACAGCGGUUGGAACCAAAAAUCUCCAAUUUGGACUCAUCAGACCAAAGGACAGAUUUCCACCGGUCUAAUGUCCAUUGCUCGUGUUUCUUGGCCCAAGCAAGUCUCUUCUUCUUAUUGGUGUCCUUUAGUAGUGGUUUCUUUGCAGCAAUUCGACCAUGAAGGCCUGAUUCACGCAGUCUCCUCUGAACAGUUGAAGUUGAAAUGUGUCUGUUACUUGAACUCUGAAGCAUUUAUUUGGGCUGCAAUUUCUGAGGCUGGUAACUCUAAUUAACUUAUCCUCUGCAGCAGAGGUAACUCUGGGUCUUCCAUUCCUGUGGUGGUCCUCAUGAGAGCCAGUUUCAUCAUAGCGCUUGACGGUUUCAGCAAUCGGCGGUCCCGUUCUGUGAGCUUGUGUGGCCUACCACUUCGUGGCUGAGCCAUUGUUACCCCUAGACGUUUCCACUUCACAAUAACAGCACUCACAGUUGACCGGGGCAGCUCUAGCAAGGCAGAAAUUUGACGAACUGAGUUGUUCACGUUGAAAGUCACUGAGCUCUUCAGUAAGGCCAUUCUACUGCCAAUGUUUGUCUAUGGGGAUUGCAUGGCUGUGUGCUUGAUUUUAUACACCUUUCAGCAACGGGUGUGGCUGAAAUAGCCAAAUCCACUAAUUUGAAGGGGUGUCCACAUACUUUUGUGUAUAUAAGGACCUUGAGCAUUCCCUCCAGUGGUAAUAGGUGGUGGGGUCUAUAUUAAAGGAAAUGGCUAAUCGCAUCCUUUUAGUAUGUCAUACAUUUGAAUACAUUUGAAGAUUCCAUUGAUAAUUUGGUAGCCUGGUUGCAAGUGUUUUUAGUGAAAAAGACUGGCAACCAGGCUAAUAAUUUGGUGUCUAAAAAAAGUUGCAUUGGUGUUAUGUGACCCGCAUAGGCAGACGGCUAUGUGUGUCUGAGUUAUGGUGUUCCUUUAUGUUGCUGUGGUACACUUUACCAGUACAGAGGUUUCACAGGGUCCAAUCAAAGGAAUGCCUGGAAUGUUCCGGUGCCAGGGGUCCUUGUGGUUGGUGGAGCGGCGGGGUUGGGCAGGGGGCUGGGCACCGCAGUUUUAAAGACCAUGCUUUCUGUUGUAUUUUCAGUUAUGAUCGGCCUGUUGUCAUUCCUGAGCUAAAUCUCAGCUAUUCUUGAUCUCGCCCCCUUUUCCACAGGACCUGUUGAAACAUUGCCACAGUGCAGAUGCAAUGUACCUCUUCCAGCAGGACAAAUUCUAUGACACGAGUCUGGACACGGGGGACAAGUCGAUACAGUGUGGCCGUAAGGUUGACUGCCUGAAGCUGUGGUUGAUGUGGAAAGCUGUAGGGUCAAAAGGCUUGCAAGAACGUGUGGACAGGGCUUUCGCCCAUACAAGGUACAAACAUAGACAUUCACAAACUUACUGCUGUAAGUCUGACUGGUCAAGCUCCUUACUUAAAACACCUUAGAGCUGUCAUUUUAAACAUUUAAUAAAAUACGUUUCAAAUGUUGUGGAACACUGAUCUGUGUGUUGACCGUCCAACCAUAGAUAUCUGGUGGAGGAGAUUAAGAAAAGAGAGGGCUUUCAACUCAUAGGGAAGGUGAGUCAUUGUUUUAGCAAAUACAUACAAAACAUUUUCUUCUCCCAUUUUAUUCUCACCUACAGUAUGUCUUCCGCUUUUGUCCUGUUGAACAGCCGGAGUUUGUGAACGUGUGUUUCUGGUUCAUACCACCCAGUCUGAGGGGUAAGGAGAACAGUCCAGACUACCACGACAGAUUGUCAAAGGUUGGUGUGUGUGAAGUGCUUACUAUGAUGCCAGUAUUAUUUGUUUUACCUCAAGUGCUCCUACAUUUAAACCAGUUAGUUUAUGUGUGGCUGACACAAUGCUGUGUGAUCUUGUAUCUUCAUCAACAGGUGGCUCCAGUGAUUAAGGAGCGUAUGAUGAAGCAGGGUACUAUGAUGUUGGGCUACCAGCCUCAGGGUGGACGAGUCAACUUCUUCCGCAUGAUAGUAAUCUCACCGCAGCUCUCCCACCAAGAUAUGACCUUCUGUGUGAAUGAGAUUGAGAGGCUUGGGAAUGAUCUGUGA